UUUAAAAAAAAGUUAUCAAGUAAAUCGAUUUUUACUGAGAAUUAGUUCAUCCUGAAAUUAUGAUUUUCAAGCAUAUAUAAAGCAUGUGUCUCAGUUCGACAUCAUAGUUAAUAACUUGUUUCAAAUCGUUCAUAAAAAUUUGUUCAAAUAAGGAGCAUUUGUAAUGUCAUCAAAAAUUAUGUUAGCAAUUGUUGUCAUACUGGGCUUAACUCUAUCUGGAUCCGAUGCCGGCGUUUGGAAAUAUGUUUCAUCAUCUGAGGAGUUCGAUGAUUUCUCAAUCGAGGAGCAAGGGCCUUGUGAUCAGGAUGGCUGGGAUGAGCUUUUUAUCGAUGGCAGAUCGCUUCGCAGGAAUGAAUGCAUCACACGGCCUCUACAACUGGACAAUGCAUUUAAAAAAUGCGUCCUUAAUAGUUCAGUUGAAGAAGACUUCUUCUCUGACAUUCGGUGCCUCGUUUUGGAACAAGCGAUGGGUUGCUUGCAGCGUGAAGUGAAAAAAUGUGGAUCCCAAUCGAUGAAGAAGCUAGCGAAACGAAUGAAACAGUCCUACAAGGGAGAGUUCUAUUGCUAAGCCGAUGCUGAAAUGAAAGCUGACGGUGUAGUCGAACAAUCUGUUUAAUAGAGUUUUUUUUAAAUGAAAAUAAAUA